AUGAUUGGAAAAGUCUUAAUCUCAUCUUUCGCUCUCGCAACAACCGUCUCUGCUCUCUGGAACCCUUCUACAGCUUCACCUACCGCUUGGCAAUAUCCAACACAAGAUGUAGUCGUUGAAGCGGAUCCUACUAUCACUGGUAACGUCCUCUUAUUUACCUUUUUAAAAAUUCAGGAUGCCAUGUACAAUCUCAACGGUAUUCCCACAACUGUGAGUGUUGUUCCUCAACUUGCUCUAUACACUUCUCCUGGAGUUAUCACGACUGGACCCAAUGGAACUCGAAUGAUUGCUGCUCUCACUUUCGACGAUGGUCCAAGUCUUGGAAACAGUGAACUGCUUUACGAUCGGUUGGAUGCUCAUCCCGACGUUACUCUAUUCGUUGUCGGCAGCCGUGUCUUUGACGCUCCUGUACUGCUCCUGCGUGCACACAAGGCUGGGAUUGCAAUUUGUGCUCAUACUUGGAGUCAUCCAUACUUUUCUACUCUCGACAACAAAGUGAUUCUUGCAGAGAUGGAAUGGACUUCUAGUAUCUUCGAAGACGUAAUUGGCAUGAGGCCAGUCUGUGUUCGACCACCGUUUGGAGACUUGGAUGCUCGUUCAGAAUCAGUCCUUACGGCUGCUGGAUAUUUAAGGAUCUAUAUGUGGUCUCAAGACUCUACUGACUCUGCUGAUGGGGCUACUACUGCUACCACUUUGAGCACCAUGAAAACCUUCUUAGAUCAACAAGUCGCGGGUACUUUGAAUGGUGAACAAGGUGGAAUAUUCCUUCAGCAUGAUCUUUUACCAGUCCUCGACUAUGCCCUCUCCAAAGGCUUAAAGAUCGUACCCGCAUGCGUAUUGAUGAGAACUGGAAUUCGAUACCGUGUGAAUGGAACCGUUGUUAACAUGACUCCUUCAUCUGCAAACCCUGUAAUGGCAUCACCAUCACUUAUGCUGAAAGCAUCUGCAGUAGCAUUCCCUAUUAAAACAUCUGCAAUGGCAUCACCAACAGCCAAUGUUAAGCCAGUUUUGAUGGGAUCACCAACGCCUAAAAUGAAAUCAGCUCAGCCUUUUGCAAUCGUGACUCCUUCAACGCAGUCUGCUUUUGCAAGCUCUGGGGCUUCCUUGACGGGAUCUGGGGUGUCGAUCGCGGUUUUGCUCUUGGCUGUCUUGCUCGUGUGA